AUGCCCUCCUCAUCACUAGCGGAAUACCUGGCCAAAAACUACCUAACAGCCGAUCCAGCCACGGAACGCCCCAAAAAGAAACGCAAGAAGACUAAAACCGUCGACACCGCCGCAGACGGCCUCAUUAUCGCCGACGACGACCCGCCCGAUCUACGGACGUCGGCGACGAAUUUUGGCAACGAGGAUGACGAGGGUCCGAGUUUAGUUACCUCCGUCCGGAGUGCGGAGUUCCGCCGCGCGAAAAAGUCGAAUUGGAAGACGCUGGGUGGUCCCACGAAUGACGAGCGGGACGCCGCAGACGCGAUCUUAGCCUCCGCGGCGGCGGAAAGCGCAGCCCGCCGUGGGGAAGGAGCGGAAGGCGACGACGAGGCCCCUGCUGUUGUGGACGAUGCUGAGGCCGACGACGGAGGAGAGAUGCGGAUGGAGUCCGGUGCUCGGGCGGGACUGCAGACGGCGGAACAGACGGCGGCGAUGGUGGCUGCGCAGGAACGACGGAAGAAGGCCGAGGCGGCGCGGCAUCGAGAGCGGCCGGCGGAGGCGCAGGAGACGAUCUACCGAGAUGCGUCUGGGCGGAUCAUCAACGUUGCCCUGAAGCGGGCGGAGGCGCGGCGGGCGGAGCAGGAGAAGCGCGAGAAGGAGGAGGCGGCUAAGGAGGCGCUGAUGGGCGAUGUGCAGCGGGCGGAGCGGGAGGCGCGCAGGCAGCAGGUACAGGAGGCUCGCGCGAUGCCGCUUGCGCGGACGAUCGAGGACGAUGCCCUGAAUGAGGAGCUGAAGGCGCAGCCGCGGUGGAAUGAUCCUGCGGCUGGGUUUUUGACCAAGACGAAAGGGCCCGGCGCGAGUGUGACGGGGAAGCCGCUGUAUAAGGGGGCUUUUCAGCCGAACCGGUAUGGCAUCCGUCCGGGACAUCGGUGGGAUGGGGUGGAUCGGGGGAAUGGGUUCGAGAAGGAAUGGUUUGCAGCGAGGAAUAAGAAGGGGAGACUGGAAGCGUUGGAUUACCAGUGGCAGAUGGAUGAGUAA